AUGGACGUUGAUCAUGUAUCUUAUUAUGAAGAGAGAAUAGAAGAAGAUGAAGGUGUUGAGGAGGAUGUGAAGAAUGAGGUUGAGGUGAUCGAUUAUAGAUGUAGUAUGGCUUUCUAUCGCGACGGCCCAGUAUGUCCUCCACUACCUUCCCGUUACUUGUUGCAGUCUGGCUACCCAAUCUCCUACUGA